UUAAUCUCCAUAGUCUCACUCACACAUUCAAUUCACCAAUGGCAAGUUAUGGUCCAGUGCAAAGGCCAUCAGCCACUUCUGCAGAUCCUCCUUCCGAAACCCAACCUUAUGAAUCAAAAGAAAGCUCAAAUCUUGAAAAAUACCAACCAUAUUUCUUUCAAAUUACAUGUCCAUUUAGUAUCCCUUCCACCCCUGAAUCAGCUGCAGCGCGAAUUAUAAGAAACUUAGGCAAAUUCGGGCUGUACUAUGCUGAAUUCGUGUGGAUAGUUCUUUUCAUCGCGCUUAUUCCUGAACGUAAGGUUUCAUUAGUCUAUUUAGUUGCCAUGAAGGAAGUGACAAUCUUGUAUUUGUUAUUGCUUCGAGCAGUGGCUAAUACAGUUCUGUUUCGUUGGCUUUUCGUGUUCGAUACUAAGCCUAUUGUUCUGCCACUGCUAGCCAUUGGCACAUCCUUUGCUCUAAUUUUUACUCAUGCUGGAAUCCAUCUUUUGAUCACUUUGGCUGCAACUCUGCCUAUCGUUUUGGCUCAUUCAGUUCUGUGGAUAGCUGAGGAUUAUGGUCUAAAUGAGGAGAUUACUCAAGAAUCCGUACCCCUUAUCUGUACUGUGUAAAAUAAGGCUAGUUUGCUGAUGAUUUUCUGAAAUAAAGCCAAGGAUGUUGAGUUUGUGAAACUUUUUUUCCCCCUUACCAUAUAGGGAAGAUUGGUGCUACAUGAUAAUUGAAGUUUUUUUUAGGUCCUUUUAAAUGUUGUAUUUCUGUUUUGAUAUAUGUUCCAGAAAUUGUAUGCUACAAACUACAGUCCAGGGGUUCAAUCAAAUGAUGAAUGUUCGAAAAGAAGCAUUUGGAAAAAAGAUAUUGUGAAACGUAAACACGGUUUUGUUGUGUAAUUAAUCAUCUUUGCUAGAGAAAUAGUUGCGUUUCUAGGUCUAGCUUGGACUUAGUCGUCUUCUUGUUGUUUGUCUCAUUAUACUUCUUUAUCAAAAGAAGUAGAAGAAGAAUGUUGAUGCUAAUAUCCUUACAAAUAAAAUUGAAGAAUUCAGAUA